AUGAAGGAACAGUUUCUCAUUAAACGCUACAGUGCAACUUCGCUUCAAACGCUUGUGUCACCAGAGCUGGUGGCCCUGUUUGACGAAUCCGUUCAGAAGCUAAACCUGCGAGCCACGCUUGUUUUUGACGAUAUAUCCGAAAUAAUACAGCAGGAAAAAGCCCCCAGUCUAAGAAAGAAAGGAUUCUCUUGGUCUGCAUACUACGACAUUGAUGAUAUAUACGGCUACCUCCACAACAUGAGCGCGACGUACCCUCAAUGGGCCGAGUUGGUGGUGGGCGGGAAGAGCUAUGAAGGCCGACAGAUCAAGGGACUGAGGAUCAACACGCCAGAAGGCAGGGCCGAGGGCAAGCCAGCUGUCUUCAUCGAGUCUGGCAUCCACGCUCGGGAAUGGAUCACCCCCGCCACGACGACCUAUUUCAUCAAUCAACUGCUCACGAGCGACAACCCUGACAUUGGGGCCCUGCGGAAUCAAUUCGACUGGCACAUUUUUCCUAGUGUCAACCCUGAUGGCUAUCACUUUAGUUUUACUAAAGACCGUAUGUGGAGAAAAACUCGUUCGAAAUCAAGCAACGGCUGCUACGGAGCGGAUCCGAACCGCAACUGGGACUACAACUGGCUUAAGUACGGAGCGAACGACAACCCCUGCGAUUACCAGGUCUACGGCGGUUCCAAGCCGUUCUCCGAGAUCGAGACCCGAACCCUGUCUCAGUACAUCUCCAACGUGGAGAACCUUCUCGGCUACAUUGCUUUCCACGCAGAUGCUCAGAUGCUGCUGCUCCCUUAUUCGGACUCAAAGGAGCAUAAUGAUAACUAUAAUGACUUGGUAACAAUCGGCAAAACAUCUUUAGACUACGGGUACAAGGUGAAUCAUGCUAAAUAUGAUGGCCCUGCUACCGCUGCGGAAGUUCUAUACAAAGCGUCAGGCGGCAGCAUGGACUGGGUGCGGUUCGCUCUUGGAACCCAACUGGUGUACACGUACGAGCUGAGAGGCUACUAUUUCUACUGGCCACCAGCGCUGAUCUACCAGCAAGGAGACGAGGUCACACAGAUGAUGUUGGGACUGUUUAAGGAAGCCGGGAAUCUCGGAUACUACAAAUAAUGUACUGUUUUUCUUUGUUGUUAGAAUCGUUUUAGUUUUCUUCGGUCAU